AUUAGGGUGUGGCUUUUGUCUUCGAAAUAGAAAGUUAACAACAGUAGUGAGGGGUGUUUUCCAUCAAUAAAUAAAACUUAACGUUAAGAGAGACAACAGAUUCUACAUAGACUAAAGAGACGCAAACAUACAUUUGAAAAGGUUUAACAUCUGAUACAUCACCAUGGCUGCAGUGGAUCAUAUCACUCAACACUUUCAGUGCCCCAUCUGCAGGAAUCUGUUUGAAAAUCCAGUCAUCUUAAGAUGUACACAUGCCCUUUGCAAAAGCUGUCUGAAUCAGCCCAUAGACAUGAGUGAUCCAGAGUGUCCUUUGUGCCCGAGUCCCUACACUGGUCAAAGAGGUCAGAUCCCCUGCGACAACUGUGAUGAAAACCAGAGGUUCAUAGCUGUGAGGUCCUGCUUGACCUGUUUACUCUCAUACUGUGAGCAUCAUCUGAAGCCGCAUCAGUCUACGGAGAGCCUGUGGGGUCAUAGAUUGGUAAAUCCACUGGAGAGAUGGGAUGAGAGAUUGUGCAGUGUCCACAGCAGACUUCUGGAUCUGUACUCUUCCCGAGACAAACGCUGCAUCUGUGCCUUAUGUGUGACACCUGGUCAAGAUGUUAUACCUGUGAAGAUAGAGAGAUGGAGGAGAGAGGCUGAACACCCAAAUAAUAUUGACAGGUUGAAACGCAUGAUCAACCAGAGAGAAAAUGAACUUGUGGAUCUUCAAAACACACUCACAUCCGAUCAGGAUGAGAUUAAAAGAGAGGAAACAGAGAUUAGGGAGGUGUUUGCUGCAGUGAGGAGAGCUGAGGAGGAGCUGCUUGCUCCUCUAGAGGAAAGAAGGAGGAGUCUGGAGGAGAAGAUGGAAGAGAAGACACAGAAGAUACAGGAGUACCUCGAAGAGUAUAAAAACAUCAUUAACCAUCUGAAUCAAACUCAGAACGAAAAAGACGACUUCCUCUUUCUCCAGUCGUAUCCAUCUGUGCCUGCUGAAUUCAGAGAUGAUCGGAGAGUUUCUAUUGACACUGAACUAAACUUUGGCUCCAUGAGAAAUAUAACAACAUCUGUUUUGACUUCUAUGAGGACUCAGCUGGAGAAUCUUUGCUCUUUUGUAAAUAACAGAAUUACAGAAUUUUCAGUGGAUGUGACUCUGGAUGAAGAAACCGCACAUCCAGCUCUGCAAGUGUCUCAAGAUGGCAAAUCUGUAAGAGUCAAUGGAAAUAUUCAAAACAGUCCGAGAAGCCCCAUGCAAUUUGACCUGGUGCCUGGCGUACUUGGGAAUCUUCAGAUCACGUCUGGAAAAGCAUUCUGGUUAGUGGAGGUGGGACAAGAAACGGGCUGGAAACUGGGUGUAGUGAGAGAAAAUGCAAACAGGAAAGGAAAAGUCUCCUACAAACCCAGUGAGGGUUACUGGACCAUUAUGUUCUGUGAUCCAAACACGUAUGGGGCUUUUGAAGAAAAUCCCAUUCAUCUACAUCUCUCCACCAAACCUAAGAAGGUGGGAGUGUUUGUCGACUAUGAGAGCGAUCAUAUCUCCUUCUACAAUAUGAACGAUCUGUCACACAUUUACACAUUCACUCAGUGUAGAUUCAAUGGAACCAUUCGUCCAUAUUUUAAUCCUCAAGUCAACACAAAUGUCAAUCAUUCAGAUCCAAUGAUCAUUUCUUCUGUUAAUCCAACUGAUAUGUGAGAGGUGUAACAUAUACAGUAAAUACAUCAAUUAUUUUAUAUCAUAUCAUAUAUAAUGCUAAACAGGGAUUUGUCUAUUUUUAUUUUAAAAUAACCUUUUCUCUUUCUACUAAAAAUGUUAUAUUAAUAAACUCUAUAGAAACAAUUGGACAGAUUUGUAUGUAAUAUAGUAUAAUAAUAGCUUGUGACUAUUAGAAUUGUAUAAGGCCUGUGGUGUUUUCCAGAAAACAGGGUUAACUUAGGGGAGAGCAGGGGCGAAAGUAAUACAUUUUCAGAAAAACGUCAUUUUGAAAGCUAAUGUUUUAGACAGGGAUAUAUUUUUGCUGUGGUCAAUAACUCACAAGUGUUGUCUAUCAAUACCAGGUGGGAUUUUUAAGAAAUGUAAAACGACUUUGUAGGGGUUGUUUUCACAGGGGGUUUCCAGUAAAAGUGGUCUUCUGAUUGGUCAGUUUAAAUGUAUGAUGUUGGGCUUAGUCACAUGGUCAAGGAUAAAAUAAUAUGUUUGGGGGUCCUCUUGCUCUUCUUCUUCUUUGGACUGGUCUCCAUGGGCUCUGCUCUUGGAUUCUCUAUGCUUUUCUUCUGUACCUAAGCUCUGGGGUUCAGGCCAUUAGGCCUAGAUUCUAGUUUUCAAUUGUGACUCUUUUUUUUACACUUUCUUUCUUUCUCUGUUCUCUAUACUAUCAGAUAAUAUUGAAAACAGUUAAAUGUAUU